AUGUUUACUUUAAAGACAGCUAAUCAAGUUGCCGAUACAAUAUUACAACCAUCAUCCAUUCAACCAUCAAAUGUUUUGCAAUUAUUACAGUGGGGUCGAUCAGAUCCACCACCACAACAACAGUCCACAACUGAGCAGCUUAUUAACUGGUUUGAUGCAAAUAUUAUGGAAAAUGACACUGUCGCACAAAAUAAUUCUACAGAUCAAAUUAAUGUAAAUGAUGAUGUUGAAGAACAACAUACAUCAAAAAUUAGAACAGAUAAUGAGCAACUAAAAGACUUUGAUCGUAAUCCUGUUGCAACUCGAAACCAACAAAUAGGAAAUGAUCAAUUGAAUAAUAUUGAUCAAUUAAAUAAUCGUCAAUUAGCGGAUAUUACAAACAGUCAGACCAUAAUUUUGAAUCGACAAGCAACAAGUGUUAGUGUAGAGGGACAAACAUUUGAAAAAGAAUUAAUAGGAAAUGGACAAACAUCAGAAAAAGAUGGAAGUGAUACACUGCAAAAUAUUACUAAGGAUAAAAAUACGAAAUACGAAAAAAAAGAGAAGUCGAACGAAAAGGAAAUUCGUAAUAUUUGUAAAAAGAUAUUGCGGUUAAAGUCACCAAUUAUGUCUGCAAGUGAUAUCACAAAGGCAUCAACCCGUGUCGGUACAGAUCCAGUUCAAAAUCGUACUAUGGCUAGAAAAAAAUUAGAAAAACAAGGUUUACUUGGCACUGGUAUGUACUAUGCCAAGAAAAGUAAUGUGAAUAAUAGUGUUACAACAUCCAUUGGUUUUGUUAAAUUAUUUCCAACAACAAUCUCCAUUAUCGAACAAGAAAAAUUUAGCCAUCAUUUAG